CGCCCUCUAAGAAGAACUAUAAAAAUUUUCAUAGAGGGCGGUGUGUAAGUUUGGAGUUUGCAAAAAGUGCAAAUUAUAAAAAUGAGAAUUCUAUGAUCAGAAUUUAAUUUGACUUAAAUUUCACAAAUACAAGCUGCUCAUCAUGACGUGCCCUCAUACAAAUUCUUCAGCAAAAUUUACCAAGAAGCAACUAGACAUUUUUACUAAAGGCAAAUGUUCUUCUUGUGCAGCCAAAGGACCCAACCUAUGGCUAUGCUUACAGGUGGGAUGUGGUAACCUAGGCUGCGGUGAAUCUCAUGAUGACCAUAGCUCACAGCACUCGACAGACACCCGCCAUGCCUUGGCCCUUAAUCUAUCCACAAUGCGUACGUGGUGUAAUUUUUGCGAGUCAGAAGCUUACCCGGUGAUUAGAAAAAGCAUUGAUCAGAAUUCUACCCAAUAUAUACACUUACAUACUAGUCAGUCUGAACGGUUGGCCAACAAGCAGCAACAGCAACAAUCCUUGUUCCGUGUCAACUCACCAGUGACACAAGCUCUGAAUGAAUUUGAAGAAUACGAAAAACCACGUGGCUUGACAGGAUUUAGAAAUAUGGGCAACACGUGCUACCUCAAUGCUGCUGUGCAAGCCCUCUCAAACUGCCCACCGUUUACACAUUUUUUCCUGGAAUGUGGAGGUUAUGUGAAGACUGAGAAGAAACCUUACAUUGCUAAAAGCUAUCAAAAACUGAUGGAAGAUGUAUGGGGAAGGCGGAGACCAAGUCAUAUUACGCCAUUAAGUCUUGUGAAUGGAAUCAAGCAAGUAUUCCCAAUGUUUAAGGGAUUUUUGCAACAGGAUACACAAGAAUUUCUCCGCUGCCUGAUGGAUAGAAUUCAUGAGGAACUGAAAGAACCAAUUCUCACACAUAUGGCAGGGGAGGAAAAAGAUGAUUUAAAUGACUUUGUAGAAAAACCUGUAACGUCAGAGCGUGUCCGAACCAGAUCCUGCAACUCCAUCACUCUGACUGAAGAAGAACAACUAGAGCCCGAGUCUGAAGCAUCAAUGAGGGAGCAAGGAGUUGGCUCAAGGAGUGCCUCUCAAAGUCCACCCACUGAUCGUAGAAAAGGAAAUAAACCUCGAAGAAUGAGGAGGAAAACAAUGAGUCGGACUGAGUCUGAACAGGAACAAGAUAAUGAAGCAACUGAAAUGAAAGAUGUAGUUGAGGAGGAAGGAGCAGAUGGAGAAGCGGUCAAGAGGAAAGCAGGAGCAUCUGAGGUUAAAGGUGGCAAGAAGAGGCCACCAGUUCAGUACCGUAGCAUAGUUUCCGAUGUGUUUGAUGGCAGGGUUCUCAGCUCGGUUGUAUGUCUGACUUGUGAUACAAAAUCAAAGCGUAUCGAGACAUUCCAGGACCUGUCGUUACCCAUCCCAGUUGGGAAGGAAGACUUGGCCCGCAUUCGUGCUUCGCAGCAGAGCCUGACCAGUAAAGGCAUGGUGUCGUGUGUAGACACUACAAAUACACAGAGCUGGGCCAACUGGAUGUACAGUAUGGUUGUAGGUUGGAUAUGGGGCCCAAAGGUUACAUUAGAAGAUUGUCUGUCUGCAUUUUUUUCUUCUGAUGAACUGAAAGGGGAUAAUAUGUACAGCUGCGAUAAAUGUAAAAAACUUAGGAAUGGGGUGAAGUUCUCAACACUCACCAAGCUUCCUGAGGUACUGUGUAUCCACUUGAAACGGUUUCGACAUGAAUCGAUGACAUCAUACUCAUCCAAGAUCAGUAACUAUGUUGAAUUUCCUCUGGAAGGGUUAGACGUUAGGCAGUUCCUAGACAAGGACUGCUCAUCAGAAACGACCACUUAUGACCUGAAUGCUGUUAUCUGCCAUCAUGGUACUGCUGGAGGUGGUCACUACACUGCAUAUGCCAUGAAUUGGUUGGAUGGUCAGUGGUAUGAAUUUGAUGACACCUACGUGACAGAAGUAAAUGAGAAACAGGUGUCUUCAGCUGAGGCCUAUGUUCUAUUCUACAAGAAAAGCUCAGAUGAGACUGUCAAGAUGCGAGAAAAGGUUCAAGGCUUAUGUUAUCAACAAGAGAGUCUGUUGCAUUUCUACAUCUCAAGUCAAUGGUUUAACAAGUUCCAGACAUUUGCUGAGCCAGGACCAAUUACCAAUAAUGACUUCUUAUGCAAGCAUGGAGGUGUUCCUCCCUGCAAAUCUGCUUUUGUUGAUGAGCUUGUUACUAAGGUUCCACAAACUGUUUGGGAUUGUCUUCAAAAUAGGUAUGGAGGUGGACCAGCCGUGACUCAUCUUCGUAAUUGUAAGACUUGCCAGGAGGAACUUGAUAAUCUGAAACGUAGAAUCGCAGAAGAGAGGGAGACAUUCGUCAAGCUACAUAAUAAGUUUCAAGACGAGGAAGACCAAAACACUACAGUAUACUUCAUCAGUCUCAGUUGGUUCCGUCAAUGGGAAACAUUCUUAAAUUCAAAACACACAGAUUUUCCUGAGCCACCAGGUCCAAUUGAUAAUCGUGCAAUAGCAGCCUCCAAAGGCCAUCAUACUAAAGGAGCUGAAAGUGGUCAAAUUUCGAAAGAGACAUGGAACUAUCUGCACUCAAUCUACGGUGGUGGUCCAGAAAUCAUUGAACAACCCAACGAGAUGGUCACUGCUACAGAUCAAGAUGAAGAAGAUGAUGAUGAAGAGGAUGGAGAUGAUGGUGGAGAUGAUAAUGAUGGCAUGGACGAAUCCUCUGCAGGAGAGAGUGAGAAGAUUCUUAAUGAUGAUACGCAUGAUAGUAAACUUUAACAGUUUGAUUGCAGCAUUCCAAUUAAAUGUAUGCAUUGUUUUCAGACAAAAAGUUAUUACGUUUCUGAUAUAAAAGAUAUUCUGAAUAACUAACAAGUAAUGUGGAGACACAAUAAUUUUUGCUUUUGUUUUCAUUAAUAUUGGAGAUAUAUACAUCAUUUCAUCAGAUGUAUGUGGUUGGUAUAAUUGUGUUGUUUCUGGUGAAAAAUUGUACAUACGUAUCUUCAAAAGCUAAUGAAAGUGAACAAAUAGUUCUUGUACUUUUAUAUUACAAUAAUAGUUCUGAGUAGUUAGUUCACUUACUUACUGCCACCCAGAAUGUGCAACAGUGGCAUAUAUAGAAGUCUUGAAAUAGGGGUACUGAUGGGUCGGGGGAGUGAGGGGUGCUAGAUCACUAAAUAAGGUGAUUUUUAGACU